AUGCGGUACCUGGCCAAGGAGAAACGGAGCCCGGACAGUUCGCAAGUGGGGUCAAUCACCGCCCGGGACCAGGCCCUCAAGGAGACCCAGCUCUCCAUCACCUCCGCCAUUGGACCACUCGUCUCCCUUUUGGAGGUUAGCCUUCAAGAGAAGACCAUCAGGAGGGAGGUGGUGGCUGAGCGCCUUGGGGCGACAUUUUCUCAGAUGGGGCGGCUCUCCGUGAUGGCCACCCGCAAGCGCCGCGAAUGUGCCAUCACGAGAGUCACCCCAGAGCUUCGCCACAUAGUGGCGGAAGACUCUGGGGACGAGGGCUCCUCGGAAGCUCUUAGUGGAAUCGUUCCUCGUGAGCUCGGAACGAGGAAUCAGACACUGAAGGCGCUUCGCGAGGCAGGGCAGCCCUCUCCUCCGGCUGAGGGACCUGCUUAUCUAAGGGCGCGAAACUUCGCUACGAGAUCCACCUCCCAGUCGACCAGUGGCGAGAGUCAUCAACAUCCCUUCUACGCCACGGGGCCCUUCGCGUACAGAGGAUACCGAGGUCGAGGGACCUCCUGA